AUGAAUGCAGGGGCUGCUGAGCCUCGGGCCGCCCUCCUCUUCUCCCUGUCGGGGCAGAACAGCCCCGAAGGUGCCCAGAGCCUUCAAGAUGCUUCUUGCCCCGCGGCAAACGAGCCCGGGGAACCCUCGUGGCUGAGCGACCGGGCAUCCCCGCCCUCCUCAUGCAUAUUCAUCUAUUCAAAUCCCUCUUUUCCCCGUCCCGCUCUCGCGGGGGUUGCGGGCUGGGGCGGCGGGAGGAGCUGCGGGGCCGGUCCCGGGCCCCUGCGGGUGCUGGUGGACAUGGACGGCGUCCUGGCCGACUUCGAGGGUGCGGUGCUGCGGGGGUUCCGCUCCCGCUUCCCCGGGGAGCCAAGGGUGGAGCUGGCGGCUCGGAGGGGCUUCUCGGUGCGGGAGCAGUACCGGUGCUUGCGGGAGGACCUGGCGGCUAAGGUGGCCAGUGUCUAUGAAUCACCUGGCUUCUUUCUAGAGCUGGAUCCAAUUCCAGGAGCCCUUGAAGCUAUGCGGGAGAUGAUCCACAUGCAGGACACUGAAGUCUUUAUUUGCACAAGUCCUCUCCGGAAAUACGAGCACUGCAUCGUGGAGAAGUAUAAAUGGGUAGAAAAACACCUGGGCCCCGAGUUUGUGGAGCGGAUUAUUCUGACCCGGGAUAAGACGGUGGUGUCUGCUGACCUGCUGUUUGAUGACAAGGACACCAUUAAAGGUGCUGAGCUGAACCCCAGCUGGGAGCACAUCCUGUUCACCUGCUGCCACAACAGGCAGCUCCAGCUGCCGGCCCCGCGCCGGCGGCUCCUGUCCUGGGAGGACGACUGGAAAGCCAUCCUGGAGAGCAAACGCAGGCAGUGA